UAUGUUACAUUACAGUUCCCUGGCAACUGGCAACUGGCAACUCAAGGCUCCUGCCUCUUGCUCGGCUGCUACUUAAAUUUUACCCUCAAUAAUCAUUAAAUUUAGAUAGCUACUUCGCAGCUAGUCCCCAGAUAAACCCUAGCUUCUCUUUCUAUAAUGCAUUGCUCAAUUUCCGGCGAGGUUCCGGGAGAGCCCGUCGUCUCGAAGAGGUCUGGGAUUUUAUACGAGAAGCGCUUAAUCGAGAGACACAUAUCGGAAUAUGGAAAAUGCCCCAUUACCGGGGAACCGCUUACCAUGGAUGAUGUUGUUCCAGUCGAAACAGGAAAAAUUGUGAAGCCGAGAACUGUACAGACCGCAAGCAUCCCUGGGAUGCUUGGAAUGUUCCAGAAUGAAUGGGAUGGCCUGAUGUUGUCCAACUUUGCACUGGAGCAGCAAUUACAUACAGCAAGGCAAGAGCUAAGUCAUGCAUUAUACCAGCAUGAUGCUGCUUGCCGUGUGAUUGCAAGACUUAAAAAGGAAAGAGAUGAAGCAAGGUCAUUGCUUGCACAAGCAGAGAGGCAGGUACCCAUGUUUACAUCAGAAGCUGUUACAGCAAAUGCUUCAGUUCUUAGCAAUGGAAAACGAGCUGCCAAGGAUGAUGAUUUGGCCCAACCUGGGAAGAGAAUACGACCUGGAAUUUCUGCUAGCAUCAUUACUGAGCUUACAGAAUGUAAUGCAGCUCUUUCGCAACAGCGUAAAAAGCGGCAGGUUCCUCCAACAUUGGCUCCUAUUGAUGCUCUAGAGAGGUACACCCAACUUUCUAGCCAUCCACUUCACAGAACUAGCAAGCCGGGCAUCUUAUCUAUCGAUAUACAAUAUUCGAAGGAUAUCAUUGCUACUGGCGGGGCUGAUGCAACUGCUGUAAUCUUUGAUCGGCCAUCAGGGCAGAUUGCAUCUGCACUCAGUGGUCACUCAAAGAAGGUAACCAGUGUGAAAUUUGUGGGUGAGGGUGAAUUUUUCUUAACUGGAUCAGCAGAUAAGACAGUUCGAGUGUGGCAAGGAUCUGAAGAUGGGAACUAUGAUUGCAGACACAUCCUGAAGGAUCAUACUGCGGAGGUGCAAGCUGUCACUGUUCAUGCCACAAAUAACUACUUCGUGACUGCUUCUCUUGACAAUACAUGGUGCUUCUAUGAUCUCUCCUCUGGUUUAUGCUUGACUCAGGUUGCUGACACCUCCAAAACUGAUGGCUAUACAUCUGCUGCCUUUCAUCCUGAUGGUCUCAUCCUUGGAACAGGCACUUCAGAAGCAGUUGUUAAAAUUUGGGAUGUCAAAAGUCAGGCAAAUGUUGCAAAAUUUGAAGGCCAUGUUGGACCUGUGACAGCAAUAACUUUCUCAGAAAAUGGAUACUUUCUGGCUACUGCUGCCCAUGAUAGUGUUAAGCUGUGGGAUCUGAGGAAAUUGAAAAACUUCCGGACGCUCAAUCUCUAUGAUUCUGACACACCUACAAACUCUGUGGAGUUCGACCACAGUGGAUCUUACCUUGGAAUUUCAGGAUCAGAUAUAAGAGUUUACCAAGUUGGCAGUGUUAAAGCAGAUUGGAAUUGUAUCAAAACUCUUCCUGAUUUGUCUGGCACAGGAAGAGCAACUUGUGUAAAAUUUGGUCCUGAAUCAAAUUACAUAGCUGUGGGAUCGAUGGAUCACAACCUCCGGAUAUUUGGCUUGCCUGAGGAUGAAGCUCCAGUGGAAUCAUAAUGAAGGUACCAACAUGGAAAGUUGAGCCUAUGGAUUUCUGCAGUUGCUGCCAUAGCUUUUAUUGGGGGCGGGUGCAGCAAAACGAUAGAACAAAGAGUUUACUCAUGUGGUGCCAACACUUGAUGCAGUUUUCAGGCCUGGAAUAUGCUUUGGCGCAGGGCGGUUGUCCUGGGAUUGAAGAACUUAAAUUUGACCAGCUACUACCAGUCUUUUUGUAUUUGUUAUAUCAUUGGAACUUCCAGAAGAAGAUGUUAAUCUACACGGUGAGGUGUUGUGUACUGGGGCACACUUGAUAAUUGUCAAGCGCUCUUCUUAAAGGGAUAACCAGUUGAGAUCUGUAUUUCAUCACUGUAGUGAAAUGUUGUUUGAUGUGA